GCGUCGCGUCCGCGGCUGGCGCGGUCGUGGCGGUAGCUGCAGGGGCGGUGGCGGCGGCGGAUCCUCGACCCGGCGUCCUCAGGCCAGUCGUGGGGGAUGGGGGCGGCGAGCUCCAGCCGACUGACGGGGUGGCGGCCCUGAGCGUUAGGCGUCCGGGACGCGGGAUGGAGCCCCACGGAUUUCAGUUUUUCUGACUGUUAAAUGAGAGGAUGAUUGCUCACAAACAGAAAAAGGCAAAGAAAAAACGUGUUUGGGCAUCAGGCCAACCUGCUGCUGCUAUUACAACUUCUGAAAUGGGGCUCAAGUCCGUAAGUUCCAGCUCCAGUUUUGAUCCGGAGUACAUCAAGGAGCUGGUGAAUGAUGUCAGGAAGUUCUCCCAUAUGUUACUGUAUUUGAAAGAAGCUAUUCUUUCAGACUGUUUUAAAGAAGUCAUUCAUAUCCGCCUGGAUGAGCUUCUCCGUGUUUUAAAGUCGAUAUUGAGUAAGCAUCAGAGCCUCAACUCUGCAGAUCUUCAGAGUGCUGCAGACGUGCUUACUGCAAAAGUGAAAGCUGUGAACUUUACAGAAGUUAAUGAAGAAAACAAAAACGAUCUAUUCCGAGAAGUCUUUUCCUCCAUUGAAACUUUGGCAUUUGCCUUUGGAAACAUCCUCACAAACUUCCUUAUGGGAGAUGUAGGCAAUGAUGCGAUACUACGUCUACCUAUUUCUAGAGAAAGUAAGUCUUUUGAAAACAUUUCUGUGGACUCAGUGGACUUACCCCAUGAAAAAGGAAAUUUUUCUCCUAUAGAACUAGACAACUUGCUGUUAAAGAACACUGACUCUAUAGAGCUGGCUUUGUCAUAUGCUAAAACAUGGUCAAAAUAUACCAAGAAUAUAGUGUCGUGGGUUGAAAAAAAGCUCAACUUGGAAUUGGAGUCCACUAGAAAUAUUGUAAAAUUGGCAGAGGCAACUAGAUCUAGCAUUGGUAUUCAAGAGUUUAUGCCGCUGCAGUCUCUAUUUACCAAUGCUCUUCUUAGUGACAUCCACAGCAGCCACCUUCUACAACAGACAAUUGCAGCUCUCCAAGCCAACAAAUUUGUGCAGCCUCUACUUGGGAGGAAGAAUGAAAUGGAGAAGCAAAGGAAAGAAAUAAAAGACCUUUGGAAGCAGCAGCAGAAUAAAUUGCUCGAAACAGAGACAGCUCUCAAAAAAGCAAAAUUGUUGUGCAUGCAGCGGCAAGAUGAAUACGAAAAGGCAAAAUCGUCCAUGUUUCGUGCAGAAGAAGAGCAACUAAGUUCAAGUGUUGGUUUGGCAAAAAAUCUCAACAAACAACUGGAAAAAAGGCGGAGGUUGGAAGAAGAGGCUCUUCAAAAAGUAGAAGAAGCAAACGAACACUACAAAGUCUGUGUAACAAAUGUUGAAGAAAGACGGAAUGAUCUAGAAAAUACAAAGAGGGAAAUUUUAACCCAGCUUCGGACACUUGUUUUCCAGUGUGACCUUACACUUAAGGCUGUAACAGUUAACCUCUUUCAUAUGCAGCAGCUACAGGCUGCAUCCCUUGCCAACAGUUUACAGUCUCUCUGUGACAGUGCCAAACUCUAUGAUCCAGGUCAGGAGUACAGUGAAUUCGUGAAGGCUACAAGCUCAAGUGAAUUAGAAGAAAAGGUUGAUGGGAAUGUAAAUAAACAAAUGACAAACAGUCCACAGACAUCUGGCUAUGGACCUGCCGACUCCUUAGAGGAUGUUGCCCGCCUUCCUGACAGCUGUCAUAAGCUUGAAGAGGACAGGUGCUCCAACAGUGCAGACAUGACAGGUCCUUCUUUCGUAAGAUCAUGGAAGUUCGGAAUGUUUAGUGACUCAGAGAGCACUGGAGGAAGCAGUGAGUCUAGAUCUCUGGAUUCAGAGUCUAUAAGCCCAGGAGACUUUCAUCGGAAACUUCCACGGACUCCAUCCAGUGGAACCAUGUCUUCUGCUGAUGAUCUCGAUGAGAGAGAGCCACCGUCCCCUUCAGAAGCUGGACCCAAUUCCCUCGGAGCGUUUAAGAAAACUUUGAUGUCAAAGGCAGCUCUCACUCACAAGUUUCGAAAGUUGAGAUCCCCAACAAAAUGCAGGGAUUGUGACGGCAUCGUAAUGUUCCCAGGUGUCGAGUGUGAAGAGUGUCUCCUUGUUUGUCAUCGGAAGUGUCUGGAGAAUUUAGUCAUUAUUUGUGGUCAUCAAAAACUUCAGGGAAAAAUGCACAUAUUUGGAGCAGAAUUCAUACAAGUUGCAAAAAAGGAACCAGAUGGCAUCCCUUUUGUACUGAAAAUAUGUGCCUCAGAAAUUGAAAAUAGAGCCUUGUGUCUCCAGGGAAUUUAUCGUGUUUGUGGAAACAAAAUAAAAACUGAAAAACUGUGCCAAGCUUUGGAAAAUGGGAUGCACUUAGUAGACAUUUCAGAAUUCAGCUCACAUGACAUCUGUGACGUCUUGAAAUUAUACCUGCGACAGCUUCCAGAACCAUUUAUUUUAUUCAGAUUGUACAAGGAAUUUAUAGACCUUGCAAAAGAGAUACAACAUGUAAAUGAAGAACAAGAGGCAAAAAAAGAUAGCCCUGAAGACAAGAAACACCCACAUGUGAGCAUAGAAGUCAACCGCAUCCUUCUGAAGAGCAAAGACCUGCUGAGACAGCUGCCAGCGUCACAUUUCAACAGUCUCCAUUACCUCAUAGCACAUCUGAGGCGAGUGGUGGAUCAUGCAGAAGAGAACAAGAUGAAUUCUAAGAACUUGGGGGUGAUAUUUGGACCAACUCUCAUUAGGCCAAGGCCUACAACGGCUCCUGUCACCAUCUCGUCCCUUGCUGAAUAUUCCAAUCAGGCACGAUUAGUAGAGUUCCUUAUUACUUACUCACAGAAGAUCUUCGAUGGGUCCCUCCAGCCUCAAGCUGUUGUUAUAUCUAACACGGGUGCUGUUGCACCUCAGAUUGAUCAAGGUUAUCUUCCGAAACCUCUGUUAUCACCAGAUGAAAGAGACGCAGGUCACUCUAUGAAACCACUCUUUUUCUCUUCAAAGGAAGAUAUCCGUAGUUCAGAUUGUGAGAGCAAAACUUUUGAAUUAACUACAUCUUUUGAAGAAUCAGAACGCAGACAAAAUGCACUGGGGAAAUGUGACGCUCCUCUCCUCGACAACAAAGUACAUUUGCUUUUUGACCAAGAGCUUGAGUCAGCGUCCCAAAAGAUGGAAGAUGUCUGUAAAAGCCCCAAGCUGCUGCUGCUGAAAUCCGAUAGGGCAGCAAACAGUGUGCAGAGACAUACUCCAAGGACCAAGAUGAGACCUGUAAGCUUGCCUGUAGACCGGCUGCUUCUUCUUGCCAGUUCUCCUACUGAGAGAAGCAGCAGGAAUGUAGGAAACGUAGACUCAGACAAGUUUGGCAAGAACCCUGCCUUUGAAGGACUCCAUAGAAAGGACAACUCAAAUACUACUCGCUCCAAAGUUAAUGGCUUUGACCAGCAAAAUGUACAGAAAUCCUGGGACACACAAUAUGUACGGAACAAUUUUACUGCCAAGACUACGAUGAUUGUUCCCAGUGCCUACCCUGAGAAGGGAUUGACAGUAAACACUGGGAAUAACAGGGACCAUCCUGACGGUAAAACACAUGCAGAGCCAGCCAGGGCUGCAGGAGAUGUGUCAGAGCGCAGGUCCUCUGACUCCUGCCCCGCCACUGCUGUCAGAGCACCCAGAACACUGCAGCCCCAACACUGGACAACAUUUUACAAACCACCUAAUCCCACCUUCAGUGUCAGGGGGACUGAGGAGAAAACAGCAUUACCCUCAAUAGCUGUGCCUCCUGUCCUGGUGCAUGCUCCCCAGAUCCAUGUGACAAAAUCAGACCCAGACUCAGAGGCCACAUUGGCCUGUCCUGUGCAGACAAGUGGUCAACCCAAAGAGAGCUCUGAGGAGCCUGCCCUGCCUGAGGGGACUCCAACUUGCCAGAGACCACGACUAAAACGAAUGCAGCAGUUUGAAGAUCUUGAAGAUGAAAUCCCACAGUUUGUGUAGGAUUGUCAAAAUUUAGAUUUUUCUGUUUUAUUUUGUUCUGUGGUGUCAUUUUGUGAGAGGAAUGUUUGGACAGGGCCCUUUUGUAUAGGAUUGCCAAAGCUGUUUGUCAGUGUGUUGUCUGUUGAUCAUGUGGGAUGGGAGAGUGUUCUGACAAGGCUCCAUUUAGCCUCACUGGAAUGAUCUUUGAAGCUGUAAAGGAAAAUGGGUGGAUUUGUGUUUUUUAGAGUUGAUUUUUCCUGAAAAAUGAUCCAUUUAAAUGCAUCACUGAUAAAUGAUACAAUUUUUAGCAGUAGGUGCAAUUGGGGAAAAUCAGCUUUAGUGUGGAGAGUGAGCCCAAGUGCAUAUUUAUAAAGUAUUUCUGAACACAAGUGGUGUUCAUGUGCUGUGGUUCCUCACAGUUUCAUAGGACAUCUUUGACCAUUUGUGCUUCUGUAAUUGUAAGUCAGCUUCCAUUUUUCAAUUGGAAAUUCACCUUUUAAUAUUUACAUAAUGGCCAAGGGGUUUACCAGUCUGUAUUUAAUUAUAAUUGCCAAUUUUUACAUAUGGCAGUUAAAUUGUACCCCCCAAAAUGCACUUAAACCUGAACUGUGUAGUUCAGUUACCUCUUAUUUGACUUUAGAUGGAUUUAGUACAUUUGGUAGGGGUUGGGGGGGUUGUUUUGUUUUGUUUUAUCCCUUAGUCUCGUGUGUAUAAACUCUUGUUUCCAACAGUUCUGAACACAUUUAUACAGUGGUCCAGGAAAGAUGCUGUUUUUCAGAAGUUUUUAAAUUCGAUACAUUUCCUAUUUUUACUACCUGGGUUUGUUUAAACUGUUCUUUUAUAAGAAAUGUUUUGACUUACAGAUCAUUUAUAUUCUUUUUCUACCUGACUUUCAACCAUUGAAAAUGUGUAGUUCUUUCAAAUGGAGUGAAGAUUUAUUUAAGUUAAUCCUAAGGGUACACGUCAGUAAACCUCGUGUUUAGAAAUGUGAGAAGGCAUAGAUGAGCAGAUCAGUUUUGUUUAAAGAGCAAACUAACAACCUAGUUUUCAGAACUUGUGCACUCCUGUUCCUCUCUGCAUCAUUGUUUGUCUGAAUAGGAUGUAAAAGGGAACAGCACACACAGUAGCCUUCCGUAUGUGUGAAUUAUGUUAUGCUUUUGUAUGACCUUGUUAUAUUUGAUAAAUAUAUGUAUAUAUCCACUUCUUAAAUUAUUUCAGGUUCUUAUGACCUAUCUGACUAUAUUGCCUCUUAAGUUGUGAUCUCCAGUGUAAUUAGCCAUUAACGUAGGGGUCAGCUCUUAGGGUCAUGCAUCCCUUAACUAUUGUAUGGAGUGUUUUAUGACAAGUUGUGUUGGAGUCUCUGUGCCAUUAAGAACUAGGAAGAGAUUACUCAGCUUUUUCAUGAUGAAGCUUAUAAACACUCUGUUGCUGUGAGAACCUAAAAUGAAAUCAGCCAAUAUUUAUUGAGCCCCUUCUGUAUGAUACAAACUUAACAAAGUUUCUACAUAUACUUUCAUAGCAACCUGUAGUGGGCCACUGUUAUUCCCCUGCUAUUGACAGAGGAGAGACUUCUGUGACAUACUUCCAAGUUCCACAGAAUUAAUAUAAAAUGCAGGGCUCUCUGAUUUUGAUGGUUGGUGUUUUGUAGCGACUGUGUGAUAGUACUAUCAUCAAAGAGUACUUAAUAACCAGUGCCCCUCUAAAGAUUCUUUCUGUGAAGUAAGUUCACUGUGUAAAUUAUUUCUGCAUGUGUGGUUCGGGAACAGUAAGUAUAUUCACAUUGUUAUUCGGGUGUGCAUAACCCACCAUCUCCACUACUUCCUCACCAUCCCAUUGUUAGACUUGUGGUUUUAACUCCAGCUUGAGUAUGCAGAGACAGCCCAGCUCAUGAAUAUAUCGUGGCAUAAAGUUCCCUCUCUUCCCCAAUUUCCAAGUGACAGUUCCACUUGGAGACCUUUCUAUCUUUAUGGUUUCCUGGCUCUUUCCCUGCCUAUGGAUGCCCUCUUUUCCUGAGAGUUGUAAGGGAGCCUCUCAGGAGUUGCAUUUCUAGAGUGCCCACAUUGUCCACUGUGCCUGCUACCCAGUAACAGUGGCAGCCACCCAGGGAGACGUAGGGACUCUCCAUUGACUUGAAACUGAUGUGAGCAAGGGAAAAAGGGCAGAAGCUAGGAGACCAUCAGAAAGCUUUAUGGAAAUUUCCGGCAAGCAGUUAUGAAAAACUGUCAUAAUGGUGAUGUCUAACCAAUAGACCAAAUUCAGAUUUUAUUGGUUGCCUCAUUAGUGUUCCUGAGCAUGCCAGCAACCCAACCCCAGACCAAGGGAUUUGGUCUCCUUCAAUAUGGAAAGGUUUUUUUGCAUUUGACCGCAUGACCUUGACACUUAAGGGCCACAGAUCAAUUUAUGUCAUAUCAGUUUUGGUUCAUGUGAUGCUUUCACAGGUAGAGUGGACCACAAGUGCCACUCACAUAGUGGUCCUCUGACCCUCUACCCUAUGCCAUGACUUGUGAAUGAAUGCCUGCAUUCAACAGGUACUCGUCAUGUGCAGUGAAAAAUGAAAACUUUAAAUACCAUAGGUGCUCUCUAAGUUUUAUUUCUUAUUGCACUCUUUAAAAAACAAACACACUUUGUAGUUAUUUAAUAGUUUUGAGACAGGCUUAACUGCCUUUUCACACAAGCAAAUCCACAACAAAUGACAUGCUAAGUUUGUAUAGCUAGCAAAAAGUAAACUCAGGUGUCUUUGGUAUAAAUUGUCUCAUUUCUAAAACUUCAUCUUUUAAAGCAAAGGCAGCUACCAUACUUGAAGAUGAUUUUUCUUUCUGGUUGCUAGGACACUGAGAUUAGGGUCUAUCCCAACUCCGAGCCCUCUUUUUGUGUGUGCAUAUAAAAAAAAUAUUGCAAAUUUUCAUCUAAAAUAUCUACCUGUUUCUGAGUCACAGUGAGUUGGGGAGGCUAUACUCAACCAGCAAACAGAUGACAGACUUAAUAAGCUAUCCCUUCCAUUCUCUCCCCACAGAAUAGUUUGGGAAUCGGGGCUAAUAGGCUUUAAGAGAUUUAAGCAUAGAGGGAACAAGAUGCCAAGGGGGUGUUUAGCUUUUGCUCACAAGAAAGGGGUCAGCAAUCCAAGUGACAAAAAAAAAAAGGCCCUAAGUAAGCCACUGUCUUUGGGAUAAGUGGUGUAAAUUAGUUUAUUUUUUAGGAACCCAACAGGAAUUAGUGACCCAUUGUGAAUGUAAAACUAGGUGGGUUAGAGAAAAGAAGGCUUGUCCUGGAAGCUGGAAUGCAGUAGCUCUCUUCAAGUGCUAUAAAUGAUGCCUGGUGCAGCUGUACUUGCCUGUAAUCCCAGCUAGUCACCAGCCUAAAGCAGGAGGGUCUCAUCAGUGGAAAUAUUCAAGGCCAGAUGCCAGCCAUGUAGCAAGAACUCCACUUGGGAAAAAGAAGUGAAAGCAAAAGAUUAAAAUUGAAUGGUUUUAAGGAAAAUAAUUCUAGGCAGAAAUACAGAAAAGUAGGAAAGAAUGAAGACUUUUCUAGGAAAACAAAUGCAAUAAACAUUGGAAUUUGAUGUUGAAUUCUA